CUUAAGCUUGAAUUAAAAUUUCAAUAUAUAUCAAAAUGCAACGAUAUUUUUUAUGUAUAUUGAAAUAGAAAUGGAAUUUAAAUUUCUAAUCAAUAUUCUCAGUUCAAGUGGAAUUCAUCGUAAUGCGCAUCAACUUUAUUCUCGUCCUUCUACAAUUAAUAUUAUUAAAUCUAAACUAUCAUGACGCUGUUGAAUUCAAAUUCACGAAUUUUGUUUGCGAAAAUUACAACGAAUCGUGGGUUACUCUGAACGAGUGUCGUUUACGGGCUGUUAGUCGCAAUAGAACCAUUAUGAAUUUUAAUGCGACGUUGCAUCAUAGCCUUAAUAAUAUUGUGAUUCAAGCGCAAAUGUUUCGGAAGGCCAAUGGAUAUAAGCCAUGGCUUUACAAGAUUGAAGUUGACGCAUGUCGGUUCAUAAAGAAACCAUAUAAUCCACUGGCUAUUAUAGUCUUUAAACUUUUUAAGGACUUUUGCAACUUUAAUCACACAUGUCCUUAUGAGGUAAGUCGCAUUCCCUGAAUUAACAGCAAACAAAAUAAAUAUUCGUUGUAUAUUCUAAAGGGUCUGAUACUUGUAAAGGGAUUCUAUCUCCGAUUAAGUAUAUUACCACAUAAUAUACCAACUGGAGACUAUUUGGUCGUACUCAAAUGGUUUUUCUAUAAUAAUUUGCACUUUACUUUAAAUCUGUAUUUUUCAUUUGUU